UAACAACCGGCACGGAUAUAAACAGACUACAGACAGCAAGAACUAAACAAACGUCGGCGUACGACUUUUAGGCAUCAUGGCAAACGUGGACGUGUCAAGCAAUCUGGAGCGUCAUGUUGCACGGAGGACCUUUCCUCUUCUCGCGCGAACAAAGGUUUGCCGUAACCUUUUCGGAUCCUUGGAUCACGAGGAGCUGCACUGCGAAACGACACUUAAACUCCAGGAGAUCUCCGAGCGGGACCAGAGCCGGUGGAACUUUAACUUUGAGACCAACUCCCCUUUGAACGGAGAUUACGAGUGGGAGGAGAUUUCUGAAGACACAUUACCGUUUUUCUACAAGGAUAAAGUCCAAAUUAAGAGAGCGUCUGUUAUGGCAACAGGAGACGCGUCCAUCGCUGUUGACUGCGGGUUACAUGGGGUUUCCAGGGGUCCGGUAGAGUCCGCGGACGUCCCGAGUCGACACGGAGAACUCAACCAGGAGAACCUCUCAGGUGCACUCAACUCAAGACCAGCUCGCUCUGCAGUCCUCAGAAACACGCGCAAGAGGUCCCUCAUCCCAGAGACCCCCAGACACAGCACGCCACAGAUCACAGACUUCUUCCCGAAAAGAAAAAGGACCCCGGAGUCCAAGCAGGAUGACGGGAGCGCGCAUCAAGCCGCCAGCACUGAAGUGACGCCGCGUAAAACAAUACGAUGAUGUUUGCACUCCACGCAGCAGUCCACCUGUGUUUAUCUGCAGAGCGGAUGAAGGAAACAAGGGGACACACUUUUACUUUUUCUCAUGUAGCAAUAAAACACAGACUUUGUUGCAGUGUUACAAUGUCUAAACGGUGCAAUGUGAUAUUUCGUUUGUUUUGAACUGUGUAGAGGGCUGUACCACACUGCUCUAAAUAGAGCAAUACCUGUUUGUUUGAUUUCUUAAAUAUACUAACUUAUUUUAUUUAUGUUUAUAAUACUCGGUUACUCUUUAUUAUUUACAGCUAUUGUUAUUGUUUUUAUCAUUUUGGCCAUAUUUUAUGUUGUGUUUUAUUUAAGUUUUGUUUGCAAUUGCAACAUCAUGCAAAGAAUUGUUCUGAGCCGUGUUUGUUAAAGUAUAUUCUGUAGCUCACGCUGUAUCUUUGAAUCAAAGUGUAAAUUAAAUUAUAUUUUUGCUAAA